CUCCGCCAAAAUUUGCUCCCCCAUCUCAUUCUCAGAUCUCAGCCAUCCCCGCCGCUUCCGCAAACCUAUCCGGAUUUACAAACCACUCUGAUCGGAAAUCAGACUCACCCAAAACCAAAACCUCGACCAUCAUGUCUCGCGAGCAGUACCAAGUCCCCACAAACUCGUGGUCCGGCGGCUUUGGCGGAAGCGGUGCCCCCGCGCCGCGCGACUAUGCCGGUGACAACAACAACACCACCAUGACCUAUCUCUGCGGCGACUGCGCGGCCCGGGUGCCGCUCGAGAAGGGUGCGCCUAUCAGAUGCAACAAGUGUGGCGCACGCGUCUUGUACAAGGAGAGGACGAAGCGGAUGGUUCAGUUCGAGGCACGAUAGCAGGCCACUUGGCUUGCAACGAGACAAGCGUACGGUCGUAUCCAACUCUCUUUGCGGGUGUCAAGGCAGAAUUUUUCAUCGGC